AUGAAAAUUUUAGCAGCUGCCGACGAUUCAGGUAGUUUCAAGGAAAUACUUUGCCCAAGAGGAACAGAUACUUCAUCUCAACAGGCACCUCAACCAGAAACAAUUGAAACAUAUAAUGGUGAAGGUUUGAAAAAUAGAGUUCAAAGGUUUUUAGUCACAACUUGUAAUGAUGAAGAAAUCAUUGUAUCAGCUAGGGCUAACGGUGCUAUCAACUUCUACAAUAGCAAAACCUAUGAAUCUAUAAACUCAAUCUCAAAUAAUUUGGAAACCUCAACAAAAGAUGAAUUUGUCUCUUUGAUUAGCUCUUUUGGUAAUAUAUAUGCUGCUUCAGAGCAAGGAAAGAUCACAAUUAUUGACUCAAGCUCUAUUUCAAGUGAGAAAGUUAACUACAUUACAACAUCAGUUAAAGCACCACUUUCAACAUUCAUAUCACAUCCAACACAAGAGGGUGUUUUUGCUUAUGGUGGUAAAGAAAAUGAUGUUAAAAUUAUUAGAUUAUAUAAAGAAGGGACAAGCAUCUUUGAUAACGAUGAAGUUAAACCAGAACAGUUAUUUCAAGGUAAGAAUGUUAAAAAUGACAAAUUAGAUCUAAGAGUCCCAAUAUGGAUAACAAACAUCUUAUUCAUUAAACUUGAAGAUCAUACAGAAACAACAUGGAAAUUCAUUACAACAACAGGACAUGGUCAAGUUAGAAAAUAUGAUACUUCACAUGGUCGUAAACCAAUCUUGGAUAAGAAACUUUCAGAUAAACCAUUAGUUAGAGUUGCCGCUACACCAAAAGAAGAUGAAAUAAUAUGUGCAGAUACCCAUGUUACAACUGCAUUAUUUAAUAUAGAAAAAGGUGCAUUGGUGGCUAAAUACAAAGGGUCUGUUGGUGCUGUUCAAGCAUUAUACAGUCAUUUGAAGGGUGACAAUGGUCUUUUAGUGACUGGUGCUCUUGAUAGAUAUGUUCGUGUUUUUGAUAUAAACACAAGAGAACAAGUUGCAAAAGUUUAUAUUGGAUCGAAAAUUAGUGCUGUUUGGUUGUUGAGUGAUGAGAAUACCGAUGCUGAAAACAAAAAAGAAGAGGAAAUUGACCCAAAGAAACUCAAGAAGAUGAGAAAGAAAGCUGAAUUAGAAGACGAAGAUGAAGAUGAAGUUUGGAACCAGCUAGAUAAUUUGGAGAAGAAAACUACAAAGAAAAGAAAAACCUGA